CUGACUUAACUAGCCAGAGAAAUCUGUUGUGUUUGGCACUGUGGCUGCCCGCUGUUCCCUGUGGUGCAGGUUCCAGUCCCCCUCAGAGGACAGACAUGUGGCGAGGGACAGGAGCGUCUACCGCAGGAAGUGACAGCAGGAUCCCCUGAGCUCAAAAACAAAGGAUAGCCACCAGCCGAUCAACGCAAGGAGACGUGAGCCCAGGGGAAUAUCCACCAUGUUGAUGCCAUGGAGAUUGUUCUUCUGCCAGAUGGCACUGAACAUAUUCUAUCACAUCGCAAAAGCCAGUUUGUGCCUUGGUGGUCAAGACAUAUUUGCCACGGUCAGAGAGAACAGUCUCACUGGAGAGUUCAUAGCCAACCUCAGCAUCAACGGAGACCCUGGAGCCAGUAGCAUCCGCUUGUGUCUCACUGGAGAAAACGCUGACUGGUUUUACCUUGAAGGCAGAACGAUCCGCCUCAACUCGUCGUUUUCAAGGAUCUUAGAUCGAGAGGUGCUGGGAUCCGUUCUGAUAGCUGCUUUGACGUGUUAUGAAGAUAAUAUAAUUAGGAGUCGAUAUCGAAUCAUGGUGGAAAUAUUGAAUGAAAAUGACAAUAUGCCAUAUUUCCUUGAAGACACAAUUCAACCACGAUAUAUAAGUGAGUUGCUGAGUGUAAACUCGAUGGUGUUCACAGUAAAAGCUAGAGAUGGCGAUGGAGACACGAUCACUUAUAUGACCGACAAAUCUACAAAUCCAAGAGAGCAUUACCAGCACUGUGUGUCUCUCAUUCAGGCCGAUGCCAGCUAUUUUAGGAUUGAUCUGCCCAACAGCGGGAUGGUGAUCCUGGAUAAACCGUUGGACUUUGAGACUAAAAACCAGCUGCAGGUGGUCAUAUUUGCUGUGGAGACGAACACAAAAGAGAAGUACAGCACAACAGCGACAGUCACCGUGAAUGUUCUAGACGGUGAUGACCAGUAUCCUCAGUUUCAGCCAUGCGUACCAGUUGAUGAAGAUGGAGAUCAUAAUAUCUGCACCAACCCUGUGUACAGUGUUAACAUCACAGAGGCAGAUGAGGAUGCUGUGCUUUAUUUUUCUCCGGGUCCCAUUCAUGCCGAAGACGGAGAUAAAGACAUACUGACUCCUCUAGUCUACAGUAUUUUGUCAGGUGAAGAUAAUGGCAGAUUUACAAUCGACUCUAAAACAGGAGAAAUCUCUCUCAGGCAACGUGUGGAAAACAGAUUCCUCACACCUUCAUUCAGACUCCGCAUAAUGGCUGCGCAGGCGAACGACCCAAAGAAAUAUUCGGUGGCGACGGUACUGGUGCAUGUGGUGUCGGAGAACCGGUUUCCUCCAAUCUUCAACAAAACCGUCUACAAAGGGUUCCUCACCGAGAGCUCCAGUCCUGCUACUCUGGUCACUACCUACGGGAACCAAGUCCUGGUCGUCCAGGCCAUCGACAGGGACUUCAGCGAUGGAAUAAACCCAAAAAUCCAUUACACAAUGCAGCCCUUGAUAGGUAACACCAAACUGUACCACAUUACUCAGGAUGGCAUUGUGAUUGCAAAGACCGACCGGCUCAGAGCGUUUGAUCGACACAUUCUGGAGGUGAUUGCAACAGAUGAGGAGUCAGGUGAGACGGCCCAUGCUUCAGUGGAUAUUGAAGUGCUGCAGAGGGGACAACCAGUACCCAGAAGUCCGUUUGGCGAGGAACGUCUGUUUGGAGAGAUGAACACAGGGAUGGCUGGUGGCAUCGCUGCUCUUGUUCUGAUAGUGGCUGUGACAUUACUAUUUUUCUUCCUCUGGCUGGCCAAGAGACGGAGAGAGAGACGGGAUCCAGCGGACAGGGGCGCCGUAGCUCUUGGGAAAAACCCAAAUGUGAGCUUAAGAUGGUUUCAGCAGGUCAAUUCAGGACGUCCCAUAUCAUUCAUAGAGAAUGCCUCUUACCACAACGAGGCAUUCACUGACCAUGAAUACCCCAAUGGUUUGUACACCAAAACAGAAGACAUAGGCCUACUUCCUCCACCAACCAGGGUAUAUGAGUCUGACCGACCCACACCUCUGCAAGACAUGCUGCCCAUCCUGGUGCUCCCUGAUAUAACACCCACAAACCUCUCAUCUUCAGCUCUGAUCAAUGGGAAAGCAUGUGGAAAAUCGGUCUCUUUUAAAGACGACACCGGAACAGCAGAUGAGACUUUGCCCAAAAAUGAAGGACAGAUUGAAGUUGUAUGCAAUCAGAUGGAAACCAGAGCGGAUACUUUGACGCCUGUUGUGCAGCAAAACACUUUCACUAUCGCCACAGCAGAAAUUCCUGCAGAAAUGCUCGACGUUUGUUGUCUAAAUCCUUCAGUAAGUCCCAGAAAUGAAUACGUCUUCACUCAAGCUAAUGAGGAUGAGGAAGAUGCAUACAAAAACAUGGCCUCUGUUAUUUACAGCAGCGAUGAAGACAUGGGGGACGAUGAGCCGAACGAUUUAAGGCGCUAUUACAAACAUGGACAAAACCAGUUUACAAUCGACCACAUGAAGGCCAUCGGAUUACAAAUCGAGGAUUGGGAUGAAAUGCAAACCUGAUUAGUCGAGCUCAUUUGAUUGUGUACCUUCUGAAUGAGCUGCUUUUAUGAAAAGCCAAAUCCUUAAAAGUUUCAAGAUCCAGACAAUGUUUCAAAGGGAAAAUAGCAAAAAAUAAAUAAAACAUAAAAUAAAUAAAUGAAAAAAAAAAAACAGGCUCAUUAAAGGACAUACAUAUGUUUAAUCAAACACUACAGUUUUUCAGUUUUUGGUUUAUAUUCCAUGCUUUCCUCGUGUUGGACUGGUAAGGAAAUACUGUGCACAUGAUCAGCCUUAAUUAAGACUCCGUUUAAAUGAAGUUUUGAUGACUGCGUCUUUGAGAAAUUAGGAUGUUAUAGCCUGUUUUUGAAUAUUUCACCCACCUCUGAUGCGUUUUUUAAGAUAUUCUGACAUUGCGGUCAAACCCUGGAGCUAGAUGAAAAUGAAGCGUGUAUUAUAAUCAAAUGUAUUUUCUGAUUACUGAUGUCUGCUGUCACUUGCUGUGUUCAAAAUACUCAACCACAAAAGGUUGAAAUAGACUGUAAUGUUCUAUUUAGCAUUUGAUUAAUAAAUGCCAGAUGGCGAACACAAUAUUCUGUGCUAAAACGGAUGCAUUGCCUUGUUUGAAGCUGUUGAAUAUUCUGCCGCAAACAUGUUGCAAUUGUUUUUGGAAUUUAUGAUGGAUUAGAUGAUAUUCAGGUGCUUCUGGAGAGCCUGUGAAAUGGCUCUGUACAUUAUUCUGGAGCUUAAAUGUUACAUUUCAGAGCAUUUUAUAUGGAGUCUUUUUCGAGGUAAAACUGCUUAAAGGCAUAAAAAAAAUUUUGACAAGGGAGCAAAGUUCAUCUUUUACUUAUAUAAUAUAAUAACUGCACUAUAAAGCUCUGAUGUGUCAUUUCUCGGUUUGUCUGCAGGAGGCAUCUUCACCCAUCUCUCAUCACCAAGUGUUGUAGGACGUCAGCAGCAGCAUCACAAUCAAAUUUAACUCUGUUUCUAAAGGCACAGGCAAGAUAUCUGUGCCAGGACCAAGAACAUUGUGAGAGACACAUGGAGGUGAACAUACUCAUUUUUGAAGACAGCUGUUUUUGUGGUAUUUUGUGUUAAUGUUGAAUGGUUUUUUUUUUUUUUUCUCGUGUGGAAGGACACAGUGGAACACAAUCCCAUGAGCCCUUGUCAUGGCAGCUAUAUUUGUCGAAGUAUGCUUGAAGUUUGGGAUCUCAUAUUUUGUCAGAGAGAGUUAAGUUCAAAUAACACAUUCAUUUAAAAAGCCACUAUACUGUUAAACAAAUAUUAGGUAGGUAGGAUUAAAAAUAGAAAUGUUUUUGAAAGAUGUCUGUAAUUCUCAAAAAGAUGGCAUUUGUUUGAUUAAAACACAGUUUUCUGUUGUAUUGUA